CAUAUUUUACAUAAGUUACAUGAUAUUUUGAUUCUUUAUUUGCAGAUAUCUUGCUACUGGAUCUACAUUUAGGGCUUUCGCUUUUACAUUUCGAAUGGGGGAAACAACCAUAGGAAACAUCGUCCGUCAACAGAUGUGCUGUGGGAUGAGCUAAACUGUGUGCACAUGCCGGUGCCAACAAUACAGAUAUUUGAACGUAUGGCCACUGUCUUUCAACAAAUAUGGAACGUAUCAAAUGUUAUUGGUUGCAUAGAUGGAAAACACAUUCGAGUUAAGUGCCCUGAAAAGUCUGGAUCCAUAUUCUUCAACUACAGAAAAUAUUUUUCCAUAGUUCUUCAAGGUGUUUUAGAUGCUAACUAUAAGUUUGUUGUUAUUGAUGUUGGUGGGUACGACAAACAAAGUGAUGGUGGCACUUUCCAAGCCUCGGAUUUUUACAAACUUAUAACUGACAAUGAACUUGAACUUCCAGAACCUUCAUUUUUACCAGGGACCGAUGUAAAGGCACCCCACGUAUUUUUCGCCGAUGAGGGGUAUCCACUGCUUCCAUUUGUCAUGAAACCCUACAGUGGAUCCAACCUUAGUUACAAGGAAGAAUGUUACAACAAUCGCUUGUCUAGGGCUAAGAAAGUCGUAGAAUGUGGAUUUGGCAUACUCGCAAGCAAAUUGAGAUAGCUGUUAAAAAGCAUAGAGAGUGACAUAAGUAGUGUAGACUCUAUUGUAAAGGCUUGCUGCAUUUUGCAUAACACCAUUUUAGACAAAGAAGGGGUUGAACAUCACCUAUCUGACGUUCGUGUGUUACCUAGCAUACAAAGGCUUCCACCAGGACGUACACCUAACAGUGCAAAAGAUGUAAGAGAUGUUUUUGCCACAUAUUUCGCAAACAAUCCAUUAGUGUAUGGCUAGUAGCUACUUUUUGGUAUGUAUUAAAUUAAUCUGCAAAAAUUUAAUUGUAAAUAAACACUUUUAUUUCUUUAUGUAGCUACGUUUUUGGCUUACAUAUAUGUAUAUAAUAAGAAUGUAUAGCUGAUAGAAAAUAAAAAUUUAUCGUAUUUUCUGAACAACUUUGAAACAAAGUGUAAAAUAAUAUUGUUGGAUUUAACUAAAAUUACGAAUAUAUCAGCUUUAUAUUCAAAAGUUAUAUGUAAAAAUUAUUUUCAAAGUGGUUUAGGAAUCAAGAUCUCGAUACAAUACACUAAGCAAUUUUUUGCUUCGAAGUGUGAGAUAUUUAAAUUAAAAUAUGCAAACAAACACAGGAAAAUAGGGUACUCUCAUCAACUGUAUAGGUCACUCGUCCCAUACAUUAAAAUCUUCAAGGUUUGUUAUUAUGAGGGAUAUAGUUUAUGGAAAAAAAACUUUUUAAACCAUUUCCAGUGCCACUAAACAACCAUCAAUUAAAACAAAUAGAUUAUAUAUAAUUAAAUUUUUUUACCCCUGUUUCUCUUUCUCCGUAGCUACUAGUAAUACAAGGAAUUGUUAUUACAAUAUUAUUAAAUAAUAAGGAAAAAUAAAUACACAAAUUUGUUUUUACUCACCAUCGAUAUUCAUGUCUGUACUUAUCUCUGCCCACAGUUUUGCGACGACCUUCCUGUUGGCAUGGGAUGGGUUUCUUUUGUCCAAUAUUGCUCUUCGUUUGUAUACUUCCGAAAUGAGAAUUUCAUUGUUUAGUUCACUUUCCAUAACGCAAAAUUGCAACAAUAAAUAAUAAAACACUUGAAAACUGAUCGAGAGUACUUUAAAAAGACGCCUACCAGCGUCAACCAGCGCGGAAAGAAUGGUCUGUACAUUCCGGUAAGGCAGGUGGAAGAGACGCCCGCGCGACAGGCGCCUGCUGAGGCAGGUAGCCUGCUUCCUUUGUGCGCGCUGCCAUUUGAAAACAGGGGGACAUUCCACAAGCUUGCCGGUCGCUGGUCGAAGCAGGUUCGCGCUGGUAACGCAGGCGCAGGUAACCCUCGUUCCAUGUGCGGCACCCCUAACAAGUUGGCACUUUGCGCCUCUGUACUGCUAAAAAAAAAAUUCCUGACAAGGGUUGACGCUUGGAUUUGGAUGCACAAUAGGGCCUCGCGUUUUUUUUUGUUAAUUUUUAUUUGCAUUCCACGCGUAAAAACAUAGUAUAUAUCUAUAUGCGUACGUAUAUAUCGAUAGCCACAGGAUCACGUUGCUACGCUAAAGCACAGCUCGACGGUCGCAACACUGCACAGACUACCGAAUGUAACCCAUAAACGGUAAUUAGUCAGAAACCAGUACAAAUUUAAAUUUUCAAUACAAAUACAAAAAUAAUAAAAUACAAAUAAAUAAUAAAAAUACAAAUUUUCAAUGUAAAAAAAUAACGUAUGUACUACUGAAAAACAUCAUUUUUGUAAUUUUAUUAUUUUAUUUACGGAAAAGCUGUGGCGUAAAUAUUUUAUACAUUAUCAAAUAUUUGUAGCAAUUUGUACUUAUGUAAAACUCAUAAAACAAAGAAUUACAAAAAAAUAGUUAAGAGAAACUACACACUUAAUUAGUCUAAAGUAUACAUUACCUUACUUUCCAGGCUUAUCAUAUCCCUUCUUUCCAUGUAAAAAUAAAUGGUACUGGAGAGAGAAAAAAUUCUUUCAGUGAUAUCCUCGUGACAUCUUCUGCGAAUUGUUCAACCAUCACAGACCCGCAAACAAAUUUUCUCUUGGGGUAAAACGUAUACAAUUUGUUUUUUUGUUUUUUUUAAUAGCAUGGACUGAAUUCAAUUAACUUGAUGUAGAAAUUGGUAAUUUAAAUUAGUUGUAACCAGAAACGUAUUGUCAUUCAAGGAGUUCGUCUCAACAAACGAUUCUCUGAGCUAUCUUUUUGAUGUCAUUACUUUGACUUCUUCAACUGUAUUUUUCUCUUAUAGGGUUUAUUCUAACACUUACGAUUUGAAUUUUAUGUUGAUUUUAUCGCAGAUAAUCCAGGUAAUCUCUCACCAAAAAAAAUAUUAUUAUACAUAUUCACAUGUUUAUAUACAAAAAAAAAUUAUAAUAUAAGCUAGUAGAAUUCGAGACAAUUGACGUAUUCGUGCAACAUGAGUGAGAUCAGACAAAGAUGAACCCAGAGUGGGUCCAUCAAGACACCCGGCGCCCUUGAAAACAAGUAGUCUCGUUGACUCUUCCAAUAAGACCGGUGACGGAUUGACGUGCAGAAAUGCGGAUGGAGAUUUGCUGAGACAAUGUUGGUUGCCCGGUGGCUGAUGUCAUGUUUGGGAAGCUGCUUAUCGAAGGCCGGGCUGUUUGUUUCACGGCUGCUAUAUGUACCAGCGGGCGGGUGGAAGCGGGGGCCGGUGACACCCGUCGGGCCAUGUGGAACUGAGCUCCGACACGAGCAUGUCCAAGCCGCAGGAGUACUCCAAGGUGCCUGUGGCGGCGGGCGACGACCCAUCGUCGUCGGCGACCGUCAAGGUGUACGGGCGCCGCUGGCCCAUGCUGCUCAUCUUCUCGGCCUGCAUGCUCGUCAACUGCUUCCAGUGGGUGCAGUACUGCAUCGUCCCCACCAUCGUCGCGGGCUACUACGGCGUCGGCUCCACCGCAGUCGACUUCACCUCCGUGGUCUACCUGCUGGUGUUCGUGCCCUGCAUCUUCCCCGUGUCCUUCAUCCUCGACCGGCUGGGGCUGCGCUGGGCCACGCUGCUGGGGGCAGGCCUCACCGCGGUCGGCUCCUGGGUGAAGGUGUUCUCAGCCGCGCCGGACCGCUUCGCCGUCACGUUCACCGGCCAGGCGCUGGUGGCCGCCGGCCAGGUGUUCCAGCUCACCUCCUCGCCGCGCAUGGCCGCCGUGUGGUUCGGGCCCGAGCAGGUGGCCACGGCCUGCUCCAUCGGCGUCUUCGGCAACCAGUCUUCAGGAGCGAGCCGCCGCUGCCGCCGAGCGUGGCGCAGGCCCGGCAGAGGGGCGGGGGCCCGGGAGCAGACUUCGGCGGCUCGCUGCGGCGCCUGCUGGCCAACAGCAGCUACCGCCUGCACCUGCUGGCCUACGGCAUCAACGUGGGCAUGUACAACACCCUGUGCACCGUGCUGGGCCAGCUCGUCGUCAACAGCUUCCAGAAUGAAGAAGUGUUCGCCGGCAGAGUGGGCCUCAUCAUCGUCCUGGUGGGCACGUUCGGCUCCAUGGCGUUCGGCUACAUCCUGGACAAGACCCACAAGUACAAAGAGACCAGUCUGGCCAUAUACGUGUUCACGCUUCUUGGCUGGAUCGCAUUUUCCUUGAGCGUGCAGUCCCAGUCCCACGUGCUAGUGUACAUCUCGGCGACGCUUCUGGGGUGGUUCAUGGGCGGCUACAUGCCGGUGGGCUUCGAGGUGGGCGCGGAGCUGACCUACCCGGAGCCCGAGGGCACGGCCACCGGUCUGCUCUUCAUCCCGCCCUCGCUGCUGGGCCUGCUGUUCACCCUGCUGCUCGGCCAGCUGACGGCCGUGCUGGGCGACCUGUGGGCCUGCCUGGCGCUGUCCUCGUUCCUCGUCGUGGGCUGCGGCCUCACCGCCGCCAUGCGGCGCGACUACCGCCGGCUGGCGGCCAACCGCGGCGACUCCCCUCAGGACGGCAAGCCCGCCGGCACCACCAAGCUGUAGCCCUCCAGCGUGGGUCCGUCUUCCGUCACCUUGCUGUUCUUUCCUCUUUCCAACAAAGUGCAAUUGCAACAUCCAUAGUUUCUCCCAAGUUCUACGAUGAAACUAUACAUCCAACAGCAACAGCAACCAAAAGACUGAUAGCGGCUUCAGUUCAGUCCAAACUAUCGGUUGGGUUUAUUAGGUCCAAACUGAGCACUUGGACUGAUCGUGUGUGCAGAGGGCCUUUACACUGGCCAGCUACAGGGCUUCUUCAUGGAAACCUGUAGCGUUGUUGGUCGCACUAGUCCAAUAGACGGAAGAAUGUGUGUCCAGUAUUAAGGUUCUGUCUCACUCGCCAUGUCAGUUACAUAUUUAAUGUUCAUGACAAUUACAUGAUUUGAGGGCUAUUCCUGUAAAUUUAUCUUGAUAACUCUCUUACAUCUUAUAUCACCAGAUAUUUAUUUACCAAGUGGUACCUAAUAGUAGUAAGAAAAUGCACAAGUGUUCAUUGCAUGACUUUUACUGUUAUUAGAUCUUAUUUAGAAAAUAUCUGGUGGCAAAAUUUGGGAUGAAAAAUCAAAUUCAUGAUCACUCCUGAGAUAAAUUUAUAGGAAUAGCCUUUAAAAAAAGACCGAAAAAUAACUGGAAUCGUAAUUUUGCUCAUCAUGUACUUGUAGUAGGUACCAGUUUACACAACUAGAGAGCUGUUAUACGAUCUCUCCUGAGUCUGUCUGCCAAGUGACAUCACCCAAAAACGAGUGUGGUUUCUCUGGCAGUUCGGUUUAGAAUACUAUUACACAAAAAUUUUUUUUUUUUUUUUAACUCGAGAUGAAAACAGUGGAAACUUCACACCGCACGUUCUUCAUGAGAAUCGGCUAUUUUUUCAUGUCACAAGUGUACUAGAGAAACAUACAAAAAACUGCCAGAAAAACCACACUCAUUGUUUUCGUGCGACGCCACUUGGCAGACUGACUCCACAGAGGUACUACAACAGCUGUAGCAGCAAAAACUGGUUCAUUCAAGUACAUGAUGUGCAACAUUACGAAUCCUGUUCUUUUUCGGUCCCACCUUGUACAGUAUAACCAAACCAACUAGUCAACACUGCGUGUAAGACAAGCCUUCACAUUUUAACUUAUUAGUUAAAAAUGUACAAUGCCAACAUUGAGACAUUGAAAACCACUUUUAGUUUUCCUACCAACAUAUGUACAAAUUUAUGGAAGUAAAAUUCCUAGUUUAAA